AUGGCUACUAGCGUCCGGUAUAAUGUGGCGUUUGCGGGGACCUUCAUAGUCGCCGUGCUGCUACUCCUCAUCUCUUUUGUCCCGUCCCACAACGAGCCAGUCCGCGUUGAAGGAGGGGCUCGCUACAGAUGGGCAGACAGGUCCUAUUCCACUUCGGACGAUAGCCUGUUCUUACUGGGAGCUGGAAAGGCGGAUGUCACGGGACCGGUUGUUGAGUUGGCCUUCGGCGGCUAUGCCAGCCUCGAUCAGGUCGGAACGGGCCUUCGUCAACGACUUUACUCUCGCUCGUUCAUCGUCGCCAACCCCAAUAACCCGGACGAUACCUUUAUCUACGUGGUCUUGGAUGUAUUGACCGGCGACACGGCAGUGCGACGUGGGGUCCUCGAGGGCCUCGCUGCCUUGGGCAGCGAAUACGCCCAGUAUGGCGAACGCAAUCUCGCCCUCACUGGCACGCACUCCCACUCGGGCCCGGGCGGGUGGAUGAACUACUUCCUCCCUCAGAUCCCCAACAAAGGAUUCAAUAAGCAGAGUUAUCAAGCGAUUGUGGACGGCGCCAUCCUGUCCAUCAAGCGUGCCCAUGAGAGUCGAGCCCCGGGUCGUCUGUCCUUUGGAUCCAUCGACGUUAAAAACGCGAAUGUCAACCGGAGCCCUUACUCCUACGAUCAAAAUCCAGAGGAAGAGAAAGCGCGGUACUCAGACAAUGUGGACAAGGCGAUGACCCUGCUGAGGUUCGACCGGGAGUCCGACAACAAGACCAGUGCCAUUCUCACCUUUUUCCCCGUGCACGGUACCUCGAUGUACAACAACAACACGCUGGUGACGGGCGACAACAAGGGAGUCGCUGCCUAUCUCUUCGAGCGAAGUGUCCAGCAGGACCCCAAGUUUACCGACGACUUCGUUGCCGGAUUCUCGCAGUCCAACGUGGGUGAUACGUCUCCGAACGUCCUGGGCGCGUACUGCGAGGACGGGUCUGGGGAAAAGUGUCGGUAUUCGGACAGCACCUGUGGUGGAAAGACCGGAAAAUGCCGCGCGCGCGGCCCCUUCUUCCGCGAGCAAGACAAUGGCGCCAAGAGUUGCUUCGAGAUUGGGCGACUCCAGUAUGAAGCCGCCAAGACCCUCAAUGACCAGAUCACGUCCAAGCCCGUUCAGAUUUUGAAGAACUCCGAGGUCCGAGCCUUCCAUGUGUACCGGGAUAUGUCUCAGUACGAGUUCAUUUCGCCUUUCAAUGGAAGCAUGCUGAAGACUUGUUCGGCCGCCAUGGGGUAUCCGUUUGCGGGCGGCACGACUGAUGGGCCGGGCAUGUUUGACUUUACGCAGAAUGGCACUGGGCCCGCCACCAAGAACCCCCUGUGGGAGGUGGCUCGUAAGCUCAUCCACGCCCCUUCAAAAGAGCAGGAAGAGUGUCAAUACCCCAAAAAGGUUCUCUUUGACGUGGGUUCCCUCACCCAACCCUAUGCCUGGGAUCCGAAUGUCGUGGACAUUCAGCUCCUGCGGGUGGGCCAGCUGUUCAUCAUCGUUUCGACCAGCGAGGUAACCACCAUGUCUGGACGGCGCUGGAAGGAGGCCAUUGCCAAGUCAGCUAAGGAGGAUCUUUCCAUUGAGGACCCUCUCGUGGUUCUGGGAUCCCCGGCCAACAGCUACGCCCAUUACGUGACCACGGAAGAAGAAUACGGAGCCCAGCGCUAUGAAGGUGGCUCCACCCUGUACGGGCCCAGUCAGCUCGCUGGCUAUAUCAACCUCACCCUGACAUACCUGCCUUUGCUGGGCAAAUCUCCGGAUCUGGGCAGUCUCCCGCCGGUGCCCUCUGGCGUUGAACCCCCGGUCAACACCAAUAAGUCACUGAGCUUCGUUCCAGGCGUCGUGUUUGACGCACAUCCCAUUGGAAAAUCAUUCGGUGAGCUCCUCUCGUCGGAGAAAGGCGAGACGUAUGGUCCUGGUGAUAUGGUGAAUGCCACGUUCCAAGGAGCCAACCCGCGGAACAAUCUACGCCAAGAGUCCACCUUUGCAACCGUCGAAAGGAACAACCCAGACUCGGGUAAAUGGGAGGCGGUCCGGACGGAUAACGACUGGAGUCUGAUCUACAACUGGAAGCGGACGAAUGGCGCUCUGGGGUACAGCGAAGUCACUCUCCAAUGGCAGAUCGAGGACGACUAUUACGGCAUUGGAGACCCUAAGCCUCUCCAGGAAGGUACCUAUCGCCUGCACUACUAUGGUGACGCGAAGAGCGUCAAGGGUGAGAUCACGCCUUUCGAGGGGUUCGGUCAUCCUUUCACGAUCUCGACCAAUUAA